CCCUCAGUAAGGCGCCGUUGACGAUCUGUGUUCGACAGAAUGCGGCCGCCAUAAGAUGUAGCUAUAAGCGGCAGUAUGUGAUGUUGUGUUAAAUACUUUUUAUUCAAUAAAAUUUAUUUCAAGGUUUAAAAGUGAUAAAACAAAUUUUUGUUUUUCGAGUUUUUAACAAAUUGUGGAUUAUUCUCUUACUUGGAUCCUACAGCUUUCUUAAUUAGUGGAUUUUAUCUUUCUCUUCAAGCCGCUCCCUGUUUUGUGGAUUUAUUGGUGUAGAAACCGAAAUUUUUCUAAAAAUUCCAUUCAUUAAGUAAUUUUAAAGUUCUUGUGAUAUACAUAAUCGUUUUUUAAGAUCAUUUUCGCCAGUGAUAUUUGUAAUUGAUGUUUAUAUUUGCUUCAGAAAUCAAGAUGACGCUACCUCCCAGGAUUAUGGAUAUUACUGUUGGUGAUAACGCUACUUAAAAAAAGUAUAUUUGAGUCAAUGUCUUCAAUUAUUUGCUAAAAUUUUGCACCCUUUUGGAUUACUGUGUGUCUACCAAGUAACUAUGUGUUUAAUAUGUGUUAAAACAUCUUUAAGAAUAAUGAUUGAUCUUACGCGUUCUUCUUCAUGUCUACGUAAAUAGUUUAUUCCAUAUUCAAGUUUGUGAUUGAUAUAAUUGUUUUAACUACUCUCAUCUGUCUGCAUGUAACUGCAACUUUUUUAACUCAAAAGACGCCCAACUCCAGGUCAACGUAUUUGUGGGGUUGCUGGUAACACGUUGCGGACUACUGACGCAGCUUUAAUUAACUAGAACUCGAUAAAGAAGAAGCUUGUCUGCCAAUUCUUUAGCCGAGUUGGAGUUGUUAAAGACUAGUCCGAGUAUUUGGGAAUGUGCACUCCUUGUUUGUGGUGGUGUGACAACGGAGUCCAAUGAAAGACAACUCGCUGGAUGGCCACCGUGGAAAGGUGGCACUAUCCGAAACCACGAGGCUCAGCUCUGCUGCAAACAACAACCCGGUGGGCAGUAGCAUCAAGUGCGAGUUGAAGACCACCUCUUCGGCCAACGACGGGAGUGCAGUCACCAAUUUUGACGAUGACAACGAGUGGGAGUUGGGCAUCGGAGACCUAAUCAUCGAUUUAGACGCGGACAUUGAGAAGACUAACGAACGAAACGGCACGGGUAUCGCCCCGCAUCAUCAUCACCACCAUCACAACGGCACAGUCCAAAGUCCCGGGAACAACACUACAAGCAUCAUUGAGACACCGAACUCUACAUCUGGCUCUGCGACCACUUUCAAUUUUCUGGGAUCACAGCUGCAACCUCCUAGCAAUUUGGCAUCCGGCAUGUCAAAUUCCAAAUCUCCGCGCAGUGUAGGUAGUGGAGCUGGCGGUUCUACUGGCACUGGCGUAACUGCGUCUGGAAACAACGGCGGCACUGGCACACAAGGAUCUGGAACCUUUGAGCACCAGGCCACCGUGGACAAGGGUUUAAAAAUGAAAAUUAAACGUAAGACUGUCGGUAGCAAAUACUCUGAGGCGAAGCACGAAAUAGUGCAAUCUGACAUUAAAUCUGCACCAGCUUCGUCUCAUCAACUUUCUGAUAGUGCGAAUUCUACAAAUAGUGGCAAUACAUCGACAAAUGCUUCUGCGUCCAAUUCACCCGCUAACAGUACAGAAACUCCUAAAUCAAAACAUUCUUCUAGCAAAGGCCGGACUGGUAGUCACAGGGAAAAGAAAGAAAAGAAUCGGGACAAAAAUAAUGCUAACGUCCGUAGCAGUGCGUCGACUUCUGUACCUGCUGCUGCAGAAGUGAACGGAGUGCUCGGUGUUAUGUCACCUCUAAAAAUUACCAACAGUGGUGUAAGUUUGUCAAGUCCUGCCCCACCGUCCCUGUGUUCUAGUUCGUCUCCUCUGCCAUCCACGUCGGUGGCUUCACCUAGUGUACCUCGUGCUUCUGGUACAAGUGUUGCGAACUCCCCCGCUAGCAACUGUGCACCUGAAGGGGUGUCUCAACCUCCCCUGAACUUGCCAGCUAGCGCGGCUAGUUCUCCGCCAAUGCCGAAUUUGACUUUAAAGUUGGAGAAUAAGUUCACACCUAGUCCUAUUUCCCAGUCAUGUCCUUUGUCCGUCAAGCAAGAAGACUCACCGUCUUCCCCUCCUAUGAAGAAAAUUAAAAUAGAACCUCCGGAAAGGAAUGGAGAGAUGGAAAACGAAGAUUCUCCAAUUCCCCCUGAAAUGAAGGACACUAGCACUUGCACAUCAUGCACGUCUGUUGGAACGAUAACUGAGCCAGAUUGUUUGGGUCCAUGUGAACCUGGUACUAGUGUCAUGUUAGAGGGAAUUGUGUGGCAAGAAACAGAAGGAGGUGUUCUAGUUGUAAAUGUAACUUGGAGAGGAAAGACGUAUGUGGGAACUUUGCUAGAUGCUACAAAGCAUGAUUGGGCACCUCCUAGAUUCUGUGAAUCUCCAACGAGUGAUGUCGAUUCCAAAACUGCUAAAGGACGUGGGAAACGUGGCAGAGGUGGCAAUAACAAUACAAAUGAAAUAAACAACUUCGCUGACGCUAGAAACUGUGUACAAAGUAAAUUACGCAAUGGGAAAGGCAGAAGAACUACUUUAAAUAGUAAUGCUAAUUCAGGGUUCACUGUUCCAAAUAGCCCUGCUAAAAGUGAGAAUGGCGCUCCGAGCAGCAAGAGAAAAGGUCGACCUGCUGAUCUAGAAAUUAGUACUCCUCCUGCAGAUACCAAAUCUUCCAAAAGGAGUCGGACUCAAAAAAAUGCAGCACCUACCUCUUCUGCUCCUGCGGAACUUUCCCAGCCGUCCUCUCCAAAUUUAAUUGUUUGUCCGCAACCUAAUUGCAGUAAAAAGUACAAACAUAUCAAUGGACUAAAAUAUCAUCAAAUGCAUGCACAUAGCGGCUCGGACAGUAGCAAAAUGGACGAUACUACUACCGAGGACAGUAAAGAUGUCACAAAUAGCUCCGAUAAUGAUGAAAGCAUGCAAGAAAGUGCUUCUACAAGUCCUACUCCAGAUUUUGCUGUGCAAGCUGGUGGGAAGAAUCUACUUAAUGGUGAGACUGCAUCGUCUUCCUCAUCCAGUGCGAAUGGUCUUCCAGAAAGUGACCCCUACAGUUUAAGUACAGAUUUAUCGACAUUAGCUUCUGUAGCUAUCAGUGACUCAAAAUCUGGACCCAAGGUUGAAAUGGUAUCCAGACCCUCUCCUCUCAGUGUUUCUCAGGAUGUACCUGUAAUUAACUCUGAUGGAGAUAACAGUGUACCUGCACCUGUGCUUCCUGUACCAAUUUCCAAUCCAUCUCCAGAUUCCACUUCACUUUCAAACUCACCUGUACUAACUUCAACAUCUGUGUCUCUGCCUGGUGGACCUUCUAUGUCUCCAGCUGUAUCAGCUGUUACUACAUCUGUGAUUCAAUCCUCCAAUGCAGUGGACAAUUUUCAAGGUAUUGGUGUGAACAUUCCAACAUCACAUGUCAUUUUCAGUCAGGGUAUUUUAGGUUCAAACAGCACAACUACAUGCACUCAUGCCACCUCAACAGUUGUCUGCAGUAGUUCCAGGUCUCUUUCACCAUCAAAAAGCAACUUAUCAUCCACUGUUACUUCUACUUACACAACAAUUCCUUCUAUUGUAAGCACAAUUCCAUCUUCUGUAUCUAUUCCAUUAAUUGAUAAGACUAAGAUAAAACAAGAAAGACCUGAUAAAUUUAAACCUAAAUCACCUGUGGCCAACCCACCGAUCAGACCGAUUGUACCUGCUCCAACUCAAAUGAUCGGACUUAAUUCAAAUCUUCCAAGUUCGCAUCCUGGUGUGAACGUUGGUAGCCACAGUCCUCUGAAUUCACCUCUUAAACCUAUACAGCCAAAGCCAACCAUAUUGGGUGAACCCACGACAGUUAACCCUGCACUUGAAAGCUUAAAGAAAGAGAAAAGUAAACAUAAAAAGAAAAGUAAAGAUAAAGACAAAGAGCGUGAUAAGAAAAUGUCUUCCCUUCCUCUUCUUCCCUCCAAAAUUGGUGGAAAUCCUGGGGAGGAAUGUGAGGCAUUGGAACUAACAUCAUAUCCAAGUUUAGAAGCAGUACCUAAUCCUCCUACACAUAUGACCAUGUCUCCUUUAAUACCGCAAACUAAACUACCUGAAACUUCACUAGAUAUGAACUUGCCGCCUCCUGAAGAUACUAUCAAUGAAAAUGUACAAAGUCCUGCUUAUUCUGACAUAUCUGAUGCAAACGACACAGCUCCUGUACUCGAGUCGGAAGUAGCUGCUGGUAAGGAGAAAGAGGACAAAGUGGGUAAAACGACACCAGAUGCUGCUCAAUCUCCUGCUACUAAUAUAAGUGCUUAUGGGGCAAUGUAUCCAUACUAUAGCAAUCCACCAUAUCUGUUGCCAUCUGUUUCACCUCAGAACGCUGUUACGGGAUCAUCUCAGGGACAAAGUAUGCUCGAAAAGAACGAUAUGGUGAAAAAGAUAGAUCCAGAUAGGGUGAAAGAUAAUCGACCUUGGAGCAACCCUAGUGGAGAAUCUAGAGAACGUCAACACUUAGAGCAGCAUGAUUCUGAUAAGAAACUUAUUAGAGAUGAUGGUGUUCAAGGAUCCACUUCCUCCCCAGCAGCAGCUGGUGUUCCUGUACAAGAGUAUCCAAUGCAACAACAUUAUCCUUACUCGUAUGGUUAUGUUCAGGGUUAUCCAUAUGCUGUUGAAAAUUCUUACCAUAUGCAUAUGUUAGAUUCAGAUCCUCAUUAUAAGCAACAGUAUAAGCAAUAUAUUGAUGAACAUCAUAGACUUUACAAAGAACAGCAUCACCAACAGCAACAAAUCCAGCAGCAGCAGCAACAACAAAUGCAACAUCAUCAGCAGUCAGUGCAGCACCAUCCUCAUCAGCAUCAUUCACAACAUCAGUCACAUCAUUCAAGCAAAUCUCAUCAUUCGAAUAUUAAAGACGAAAGAGAUCGAUCCAGAGACAGUAAAGACCGAAAUAGCGGAAUGGAUAAGAUCUCUGGAAGUGGGUUGAUUGUUGAACAUUCUAGUAAAAUUCAACAUUCCUCUAUGUCAUUAGUCACAAACAAAGACCAGGAUGUUCGAGAGAUUGAGACCAGGCCGCCAUCUUUACCUGCUCAGGCUCGCAUUGAUCCCACUAAUUCAGCAUCUGCCGCUGCUCUGAAGGAAAAACAGAAUGAAAACCACCAAAUUUUGAAGGAAAAUAUUGAUCUCAAGAAUCAAAUGGAGGAAAAUAGUAAAAAUAAAUUAAAUCAUAAUCAAUAUGAAAUGGCCAUGCUUUAUGAAAGACACAGAGAAGAUAUGCGACGAUACUACAUGUACCAAGAUCGGGUCAUUGAGCAGCAACAGCAAAAAAUGGAACCUGGUAUCCACCAUCACACCCAUCAUCAUCAAACCAUCCAGUCAUCUCACGGCCAUCUCCAGGCAACAGCAUAUGCAUCAUCAUCGUCAUUAAAAACUCUCAAAGAUGAUCUUCCUAGUUCCAUACCAAGUCAUGCAAAAUCAAAUCAUUAUGGUGACAAUACUCGACCAUCAGUAGUGUCUCCUGCAAAGUCCGAUCACGUGAAAAAUCCGCAUUCGAACUCCACUUCUAGUCCUAAAGGUAGCAUGCGAGACAGAGACUCUUCUCACAGCAGCUCUAAAGAAUAUAUGAGCUCAUCAUCAUCGAAUAGUAGUUCAAAUAAGAAGGAGAGUGGUAAAAGUUCCGAGAGAUCGGAGAGCUCAAGUCGGGAAGAUAAAAAGGGUGACAAAAUUAAGAUAGAGCCAAAGGUAGAAUCUGAAGGACAGAAACCGACGAUGGAGACGACUGGUCCGCCACCACCGCCCACCAAUUCGUAUGCCUACCUUCAUCCAUCUUACUUACAACCACCUCCACCUCACUUCCCUCACAUGCCUUUUGAACCUGCGCAUGCCAUGUACCGUGGCGCGAUAAAUCCCAUGAUUGUUUCGGCCCCGCAUUAUGGCAGCUCUCCAUAUGUGCAUCCACAGAUUCGAUAUGUCACUCCAGGAGCUUGUGAAAUACCGCCACAUCCUCCUGACGCUAUUGCAGGCAAGUUGCAUCCGGCGGGACCGUCAAAAGCCUUGGACUUGUUGCAGCAGGUUUCGCAGCAUUACACCACAACACAUAAAAUCCAUGAACUGCAGGAGCACGCCAUGAUGUCGCCUACCCCGACUUCUGGUGCUGCUCCUCCGACACCUUCUACUUCCACUUCUGGAAGUGGGAAGGGAUCCUCCAGUGAAUCAGCUGCUCCUACAUCGAAGGUAGAUGUUGCUGGCUCCAGGGAUACUUCCCGCUCUCCUCCUACGCAGAGGCACCUGCACACACAUCAUCACACACAUGUUGGAGUUGGUUAUCCUAUUUAUGAUCCUUAUGGUGUUUCUGCCCAGAAGACUUACACUUGAAGAGAAUUUAUAUUGAAUGUCAAAAAUUGUUGGAAAACUUGUAAGCUAUCUAAAGCAACCUAUGUGAAGCUGUUGGAUAAAAGAGCUAUUUUCUACAUAAUUUAUGGGUUGGCAUAUAUAUGUAGUAGUUGAUUCUCUUACGCUUAGUUUAGACGUAAAAAAGGUUAAGAGAGAAAUUUAUAAAAGUGCAGAAUUCUAAAAUUGCACUUUAAAAAGAUUUUUCCCACCAGACUUCUUAAUUAUCCGCCGCAUGUGAUCGAAUUUGAGAGACUUGGUUUCAACUUCGAAGCCUGCGUUUAUGACUUACAUGUUGACUUUAUCGUUUUUUGGCCUGUGAUACUAUAUUAUAAUUAUAAAAAGAACAUUGUAGAGCUACGACAUCUGUCGUCGCUUUUUGUUUAUUCGAAGUCAUAAAAAGAGAAUGCCUAGUCAUCGGGGGAUGUCCUAUGAUUGCGUGUUCUGGAAUAAAUAAAAAAAGUUUAGAUACAAUUUAAGGCUUUGAAAAGAAAUGUUGUGCCAGCAUUAGAACCAAUUUAUGUUUUUUGCUGAUUGAUAAUUGAUUUAUCUGUUAAAAAUGUGUUCAGAAAUUAACCACCACAAUAUGUAUAUUAUGUGUAAUAAAGGCAAUAAAUGAUUACAGAAUACUAA